AUGCCCGGUUUCAAUCAAGCCUCGGAUCUAGAGGCCUGGAAAAAGCUCCAGCAGCACCAUGCCGACGUCGGCAAGAGCAUUGUGCUGAAGGAGGAGUUUGCCAAAGACCCAAGCCGCUUCCAAAAGUUCAGCCGGACCUUCACCAACACUGUUGACGGCAAGGAUGUUCUGUUCGACUUUUCCAAGAACUUUCUCACCGACGAGACCCUGGACCUGCUGGUCAAGUUGGCCCAGGAGGCCAACCUAGAGCAGCUUCGCGAUGCCAUGUUCAAGGGCGAGCAUAUUAACUUCACAGAGGACCGCGCCGUCUACCACGCUGCGCUACGCAACACCAGCAACCAGCCCAUGCAGGUCGACGGUCAGAGCGUUGUUGAAGACGUCAACAGCGUCCUCGACCACAUGAGGGAGUUCUCUGAACAGGUCCGCAGCGGCCAAUGGCAGGGAUACAGUGGCCAGAAGAUCAAGACCAUCAUCAACAUCGGCAUUGGUGGAUCUGACCUCGGCCCCGUCAUGGUCACCGAAGCCCUGAAGCCGUAUGGAGACCGCGACCUGAAGCUGCACUUUGUCUCGAACAUCGACGGUACUCACAUCGCCGAAGCCCUCAAAGAGUCCGACCCUGAGACUACCCUCUUCCUGAUUGCGUCCAAGACGUUCACCACCGCCGAGACGACAACAAACGCGAACACGGCCAAGAAGUGGUUCCUCGAAAAGGCCAAGGACGAGUCCUACAUUGCCAAGCACUUUGUGGCUCUGUCGACGAAUGAAGCCGAAGUCACCAAGUUUGGCAUUGACAAGAAGAACAUGUUCGGAUUUGAAUCAUGGGUUGGCGGUCGUUACUCGGUUUGGAGUGCCAUUGGUCUCUCCGUUGCCUUGUACAUCGGCUUUGAUAACUUCAAGGAGUUCCUCGCAGGUGCGCAUGCCAUGGACAAGCACUUCCAGGAGGCUCCCCUGAAGGAAAACAUCCCGGCUAUUGCCGGCCUUCUCAGCGUGUGGUACAGCGACUUUUUCGGGGCUCAGACUCACCUUGUUGCCCCCUUUGACCAGUACCUACACCGUUUCCCUGCCUACCUCCAGCAGUUGUCCAUGGAAAGCAACGGAAAGGCCAUUACACGCUCUGGUGACUAUGUCAAGUACACUACUGGCCCGAUCCUGUUCGGCGAGCCCGCCACGAACGCCCAGCAUAGCUUUUUCCAGCUCCUCCACCAGGGAACGAAGCUGAUCCCAACCGACUUCCUGUUGGCUAUCGAGUCCCACAACCCGGUCGAGGGAGGUAAGCACCAGCGCAUGCUGGCUUCCAACUUCUUCGCCCAGGCUGAAGCCCUCAUGAUCGGAAAGACCCCUGAACAAGUCAAGGCUGAGAACGCCCCGGAUGACUUGGUGCCACACAAGACCUUCCUCGGCAACCGACCCACUACCUCGAUUCUGGCCCAGAAGAUCACCCCGUCCACCCUGGGUGCUCUGAUUGCCUUCUACGAGCACUUGACCUUCACCGAGGGUGCCGUGUGGAACAUCAACUCCUUCGACCAGUGGGGUGUCGAGCUCGGUAAAGUUCUGGCCAAGAACAUCCAGAAAGAGCUUGAGACUGCUGGUGCCGGUGGCAACCACGAUGCUUCUACUGCUGGGCUCAUUCAGGCAUUCAAGAAGACACCGCAACAACAAAUUGCAGGCGCACAUUCCGGAGGAGAAUGCUGCUCUUUUACCCAUAAAAUGCCCCGAUCGAUUUUUCUGACCGUUGCCUCCUCUAUACUCGCCCUAGUAUGUGAUAGCGCAGUGGGCCGCGAAGUUCGCGGAUAUUCAUACGGGCAGCAAAUCCCUGUUAGCUGUCUGAACCGGACCAUAGAUUCCGGUGAACACAUUGAAGAUAAACUAGGCCAUCUUCAGUAUAUCUCCUUUCCGACCUGCAACGAAACCUCUCUCCCUCUCGCUCUCCGAUAUGGCGUCACCGAGACCAUCUCGUGCACGAUCGACUCGCUUUCGGACGACAUGUACCAUUUGCUAGAAUACUACGUUCACUCCGAUGCGCCUCUGUCAUGCCGCAUACCCACGAGCCCGCUGAGCGGCAAUCCUACCAGUACCAGCAGUGAAAGCAGUAGCAACAGCAAGAGCAAGAAAGACGAGGAAUACCAAGUCGUCCCAGUCGAUAGCGACGAUGGCAGUGGCGCAGGCGGCAGCGGCGCAGCAGCAGGAGGACUGCCGUAUACACCUCUGACAAUCGCGCUGCAAGGAACCCUGCAACGAAGCCAUUUGCACAUCUGGACCGACAUGAACGUGCUCAUGCACCAACUCAGCACAGUCGAAUCUCCGCGCAAGAAGUCCGCUGCUAAAUACUCGUCGACUCCGGGUUAUGUCGUUGCGGGCGCGGCGUACUCGCUUCCAGAACUUCAUUCCAAGGACCCCGAAAACCCCCUUUCCGCAGAAGAAGAAGAUGCAGCGAUCAUUGAGAAUGCGCGGAACCCCUGGACCGCGGGCCAUGGAACCAAGGUUAUUCGCGGAGAACCUCUGACUUUGGUCUUUAGAGUUAGCUGGGUUCCCGGCGCGGAUAGUCUGGGAUGGCUCGAUCAUAGUCAUGCCCACCAGGGCACGACUUUGCUGGGCGUAAUCACGAAAUUGAUCUUUUUUGUCAUGGCUGCUGGUAUCGGUGCUCUUUUCGCCUCGUAUUAUCAAAAAGUGGUGCGCAGGGGUGGCGGCGGUUGGCACGGGGAUGGGAUCCUGGGCCGUCCGUUCAAGGGCCGUCGUGGAAGCACGAGCGGGGUUAGUUAUGGGAAUGGAGGCUGGUCGAAUGGAUACGGUGGAUUCGCUACCUCGAAUGUCUCGGUGUCGGCUGGAGUCGGUAAUGGAGGAGGAUAUGGAGGAUAUGGGAAGAAGGAUUAA